UUCCAUAAUCUGUCAACAGUGGGCCCCAAAAGGAAACCCCAUUCAUAUUUCAGAGUCGGAGUCAUCGAUCUGACACUGAGACACUGCGUGCUUUUGUCUUCGGUCUUCCAUGUUACUUUUCUUUCUUCACCCAGCCUAAAAAGCGCAGAUCCCUAUACUUCUUUUACAGAUUGAUAGUGUGUGUAUGUGUGUGUUUAUGCAAUGCCCUCAAAAUUUUGGUGGAUUUUCUUGAAUUCUUUUGUGGGUUUGUUUAAUUUUGCUUUUGCAGGAGACCCAUUUGUGUAUUAUGACUGGACAAUCUCUUACAUCACAGCAUCACCGCUUGGCGUUAAACAACAGGUGAUUGCAAUAGACGGGCAAUUUCCGGGACCAAUUUUGGAAGCAACGACAAAUUGGAACGUUGUUGUCAAUGUAAAGAACGAUCUUGAUGAACCCGUGCUUCUCACAUGGAAUGGAAUCCAACAUAGAAGGAACUCAUGGCAAGAUGGUGUGUUGGGGACAAAUUGUCCUAUUCCUGCUGGAUGGAAUUGGACAUAUGAGUUUCAAGUUAAGGAUCAGAUUGGUAGUUUUUUCUACUUCCCUUCAACAAAUUUCCAAAGAGCUGCAGGCGGAUAUGGAGGAAUCACCAUUAACAACAGAGACGUUAUUGCUGUACCCUUCGGUGCUCCUGAUGGAGACAUUACACUUGUCAUCGGGGACUGGUUUAUAAAGAGUCAUAAGGAUCUUAGGAAAGAUAUUGAAAAAGGGGUCGAUCUUGGAUCUCCUGAUGGUAUUUUGUUCAAUGGGCUAGGUCCUUAUCGAUAUGAUAGUAGCAUCGUUCCUGAUGGAAUUGCAUACCAGGUGAUAAAUGUCGAACCAGGAAAAACAUACCGCUUUCGUGUACACAAUGUUGGUACCUCAACAAGUCUAAACUUCAGAAUCCAAAACCAUAACUUGCUUCUUGUAGAAACCGAAGGUUCAUACACAGUACAACAGAAUUAUUCAAACAUGGAUAUUCAUGUUGGCCAAUCGUAUUCUUUCUUGGUGACUAUGGAUCAACCUGCAAGUAACGAUUAUUACAUUGUUGCCAGUCCACGGUUUGUGAAUUCAACAAAAGCUUCAGGAGUUGCAAUUUUGCACUAUUCAAAUUCCCAAGCGCCCGCUUCAGGUCCUCUCCCGGAUCUCCCUAACGAAUCCGACCCGUCUUUCUCAAUGACUCAAGCACGAUCCAUAAGAAUGAAUGUUUCUGCGGGUGCGGCACGUCCGAAUCCACAAGGGUCUUUCAAGUAUGGUGAGAUUACAGUAACGGAUGUAUUUCUACUCUUGAAUAAGCCACCUGAAAUUAUAGAUGGAAAAAGGCGUACUACUCUUAAUGGUAUAUCUUUCUUUGUUCCUUCAACACCAUUGAAGCUUGCUCAACAGUAUAAUGUUCUUGGAAUCUACAAGCUUGAUUUCCCAAAUCGACCAAUGAAUCGCCCUUCAAUAAUCGACACGUCUGUGAUUAAUGGGACAUUCAAAGGAUUUAUUGAAAUUAUACUCCAAAAUAAUGAUUCCACAGUUCAGAGCUACCAUUUGGAUGGCUAUGCGUUUUUUGUAGUCGGGAUGGAUUAUGGAGUAUGGACGGAGAACAGUAGAAAUGUUUACAACAAGUGGGAUGGGGUGGCUCGCAGUACUACUCAGGUUUUCCCAGGAGCAUGGACAGCUAUUCUGGUUUAUCUUGAUAAUGCGGGAUUAUGGAACCUAAGAGCACAAAACCUAGAUUCAUGGUACCUUGGACAAGAAGUUUAUUUGAGUGUGGUUAAUCCUGAGGUCACUGAAAAAACCGAGCUGUCUUUGCCUGAAAAUACAAUCUUUUGUGGCGUAUUAUCAUCCUUGCAAAAACAAGAAAUCGAGAGUGGGUCCCUGUCCCUGUCCACUCUUGUUUCAUCCUUUUGGGUUCAGUCCAGACCAAAUGUAGUACAGCCUCUUCAGUCAUAUGUAACAAAUGGGGUCUUAAAGGACAAUCUUAUCUUUUCUUUUAUUUAUUUAUUUAUUUUUAAAAUUGAAUGCAGGGAUCAGGCUCAAAGAGUUAAAUUUUCAAGUGCACCUUCAAUUCCCACAUUAGUUACACGAAUCUUUAUUGCAUUAAUCAUCACAUUUGUUGGAAUUUCUGUGAGGUGACACCAUUCAUGAGCCAUGGUUGAACAGUCCAAACAUCAUCAAGAACUCAAAUUUUGACAUAUUUGUAGGAAAAAAAAUUAGAUCAAAUUGUUCCCAUGAAUGCUGCUUACUUUAUCUAUUAUUUCACCUGUAAUUAGAUUGUAUCAGUUCAUUUGUAAGUGAAAAGGCAUAAUUGCCCUUGUAACCCUUAUGAUGGUGGGAGUUGUACAUUGUGCAUCGGUAUAUGUACGGUGAAGUCGCUUUCUGCUUUUC